CUUGUCGUGGAAACUUAGUCAGUAAGUAUCAAGAACUCCACUAUUACAUAUCUCUCUCUCACUAGACCCAAACUGGGGGUUCUUUCACGGAGAUCAUAACAUAACUCACUUAUAAUCUCACAUCGCUUCAACUCAAUUUAGUAAUCGUCUGAUUUCGCUAGUUUCAGUCAAGAGUGAAAAUUCAUUUCACGCUCUGCAGCUCUUUGAACUCCUGGUUCUUCUUUGCAUCAUGAGCUUCUUGAGGCCUUCUGCAUUGUACAACUUUCUGAUCAGUUACCCUGCACUGCGAUGGAUGCCAUGUCAGAGUUGGGGUUUCCUCCGAUGGCCGGGUCUCGACGGUUUCUUCAGGCUUUUCGUGGUUGCGCUUCUCUGGUCCACGUUCUCUGAGCUUCGCUACAUACCCUCAUCUUCCAUGUACCCCACCCUUCGUGUCGGCGAUCGGAUUAUUGUGGAAAAGGCUUUAUAUUACAUCAGGAGUCCUGCUAUACAUGAUAUUGUAACGUUUAAGGAUCCAACACAGCACUCUGGAGAAAACACAGAUGCUGUUUUUAUUAAGAGAAUUGUUGCAAAAGCAGGAGACACUGUUGAGGUUCAUCAUGGGGCACUCUACAUCAAUGGUAUUGCUCAGCAGGAAGAUUUCAUAGCAGGGUCACCAACAUACACAACGCAAUUAACUUAUGUGCCCAAUGGCCAUGUUUACGUGUUGGGGGAUAAUCGUAACAAUAGUUAUGAUUCCCAUGUGUGGGGACCGCUUCCUAUUAAGAACAUAGCUGGAAGAUAUGUCACGUGUUAUCAUAGACCAACAAACAUUUGACCCGACAAAUAUCAAUGAGAUGCAGGGAAGGAACUGGUGUUCUUUUCUAUGGUCUGACCAAUGAGACGGUAACGGUAUACUAGGGAUGUGAUUUCCAUGAAGAGUUCCCUCCAGCUGUUCCAUAAAUGAUGCACAUGUUUUGGCCACUCUUUAUGGGAUUGGAUUCUCAUACGCAUUUCCUCGUUCAGAGCAUGAAAUAAAUCUACUGAAAAAAAAAUAUCAUGUGAUUUAUGCAGGGAUCACUGUUAGUUGAGUAACGAUGCAUGCCAUUUGCCAAGUAAUAUUCGUAUGGGUGUCUAAGUUUCUUUAAAACAUUAUUUGGUAAUAUCUAGUGUAAGUUACGGUCAAGGAAAAGUGUGAAAACUGAAAUACUUUAUCUUGUUCGUGCUUUUAAGUCCUGUUUCUGACGAGGCAAAAGCAGGAGGCAGCGUCUGGUGGCUUCCCAAUACGGCCUUUAGCAUGUUUUAGGUCACUAAGCUUGAUAUCUUGCCUACCAAUAUCCCUCCAUUUUGUUACAGUUGGAAAUACUUGUUUUCUUUUUCCUUGCAUGAGUUUGCUUCCAAAAACUAGAGGACAACUUGAAAUGAAAAGUAUUGGUAGUUGGUUUUGUUGUCUAAAUUGGGAGACAGCCUGGUUAGUAACUUGGAUGGCUGAUGGUUCCAUUAACCAUUUACAGUAUUAUACACAAGAUUUAUCCUAGAAAUUUCAUAGUUUUUGCUGGA